UGCUCUGGUUUGGUUUGGGGCCGGGCCCGCGCCUGGGCCCGGUGCGGGAGGCGGAAAGGGAGCGCCGGGCCCCGGAGAGAGCUCUUAGGGCCAGUCUGGGGCAGGAGGAUGCAUGCUCAGCCUUACCAUGGAACUGCGCUGUGGGGGGUUGCUCUUCAGUUCCCGCUUUGACUCAGGGAACUUGGCCCAUGUGGAGAAGGUGGAUCCUGAGGCUGGUGAGGGGGAGGGGGGCGGGGACGGGGGCCCACUCCCCACCAGCAGCAUUUCCCCCUCCCCUGACUACGAGUUCAACGUGUGGACGAGGCCCGACUGUGCCGAGACUGAGUUCGAGAAUGGGAACAGGUCCUGGUUCUAUUUCAGCGUGCGGGGAGGCGUUCCAGGAAAACUCAUCAAGAUCAACAUCAUGAACAUGAACAAGCAGAGCAAGCUGUACUCUCAGGGCAUGGCUCCCUUCGUGCGCACCCUGCCCACCCGUCCCCGCUGGGAGCGGGUCCGCGACCGGCCCACCUUUGAGAUGACAGAGACGCAAUUCGUGCUGUCUUUCAUUCACCGCUUCCUGGAGGGCCGCGGGGCCACCACCUUCUUUGCCUUCUGCUACCCCUUCUCCUACAGUGACUGCCAGGAGCUGCUGAACCAGCUCGACCAGCGCUUCCGAGAGGACCACCCUUCCCUUAGCAGCCCCCUGGACUCCAUUUAUUACCACCGGGAACUCCUGUGCUAUUCUCUGGAUGGGCUGCGUGUGGACCUGCUGACGGUCAGCUCCUGCCAUGGGCGGCAAGAGGAGCGAGAGCCCCGGCUGGACCAGCUGUUUCCUGACACCAGCACUCCCCGGCCCUUCUGUUUCUCCGGCAAGAAGGUGUUCUUCUUGAGCAGCAGAGUCCACCCCGGGGAGACGCCCUCCAGUUUCGUCUUUAACGGCUUUCUGGACUUCAUCCUGCGGCCCGACGACCCCCGGGCCCAAACCUUGCGUCGUCUCUUUGUCUUCAAGUUGAUUCCCAUGCUGAACCCCGAUGGUGUAGUGCGGGGCCACUACCGCACGGACUCGCGAGGGGUGAACCUGAACCGUCAGUAUCUGAAGCCAGAUGCCGUCCUGCACCCGGCAAUCUACGGAGCCAAGGCGGUGCUGCUCUACCACCACGUCCACUCGCGUCUGGGCCCACACCCCGCACAGGCGGCCCCCUUCUCUUACCUCGACCGAGCCGAUGCUCUCCACGACGGGGCCCAGCUGAAGCCCCGACCCGGCGGGGGCCGCCCCGAACCCUGGGUCCGGGCUGAGCCGGGCGACCGGGACCCCGGCAGCUUGUGGAUCCUGGCCCCCGGGCCGGGUGAGCUUCGCAACCCGGUGGCCAAAGAGGUCAUCCCCCCGCAGGACAGCGGCGUGGCCUACUACGUGGACCUGCACGGCCACGCCUCCAAGAGGGGCUGCUUCAUGUACGGGAACAGCUUCAGUGAUGAGAGCACCCAGGUGGAGAACAUGCUGUACCCGAAGCUCAUCUCCUUGAACUCCGCACACUUCGACUUCCAGGGCUGCAACUUCUCGGAGAAGAACAUGUACGCCAGGGACCGGCGCGAUGGCCUGUCCAAGGAGGGCAGUGGUCGGGUGGCCAUCCACAAAGCCUCGGGAAUCAUCCACAGCUACACGCUCGAAUGCAACUACAACACAGGACGGUCGGUGAACAGCAUUCCCGCUGCCUGCCACGACAACGGGCGAGCCAGCCCCCCUCCCCUGCCUGCCUUCCCCUCUCGAUACACCGUAGAGCUGUUUGAGCAGGUGGGACGGGCUGUAGCCAUCGCGGCUCUGGACAUGGCGGAAUGCAACCCCUGGCCCCGCAUCGUGCUGUCGGAGCACAGCUGCCUCACCAACCUCCGAGCCUGGAUGUUGAGGCACGUGCGCAAUAGCCGGGGACCGGGCACCAGCCUGAGUCUGAGCAGCGGCAAGAGGAGAGGCCCCCGGGCUACACCCAAGGGUGCCAACCAUUUCUCCAGCUCCUGCUCCGAGGUGGCCCUGAGCCGGGCUCGCAGCUUCAGCGUCGGGGCCGCUGGCGGGAACGGGACCGGCGGCGGCAACCAGCAGAACUCUCCGCUACUCCAGGCCUCGCCCAGCUUUCCUUUCCCCAGCAGCGGCGGUGGCGGCAGCGACAGGCCCCCCGGGCUCCCAGGCCUGGGCCCCAGCCCCCAGAAGGGCAACCAGCGGGUCCUGGGCUCCGUGAGAGAGCCCCGGAGCCAGGAAAGGAGACGGCGGCAGCAGCAGCCACUGACCCCGCGCUCUCCUGGGCGCGGCUUCAGCCAGACCCAGGUCCCAGCCCCCUGCAGCUCUGGGCUGACCCCCACGCCCGCUUUGGGUCCCUGCUGCCCCUUGCCCGCCUCGCUCCGCCUAGCAGGGAGCAGCUGCUCAGCCCUGUCCUCAGGGGACAAGCCAGGGGCUGUCAUGGUCAUCGGGAAGGGGCUGUUAGGGGCCAGGCCCCAGGCACCCUGCGGCAGGGCUCAGCUACAGAACUGUCCGAGGAAAGUUCGUGACUGGAGGGGCCUCGGAUUCCCCAGCAAGGGGCCGCAGCCGGUGAAGGCAGAGCCGGCGGGGAGACCCUCAGGAGAAGAGCCUUCCCCUCAGCCCGGCCCCUGUCUACACAGGCCGGGCCCAGCUCGAGCCGGGGUUCACCGUUACUUCGCCGAGGGAUGAGGGGCUCCUCGGGCCCCCCACCCCCCACCUCGGAUCAGGGAAAGCCCACAGCUGGGACGCUGCAGUGCUGUGCCAGGGUUUUUCCGGGCCACCUUCCCACAGUCCCGUUCUAUCCCGGCCUCCUCACCUUUAUCCGUGCCUGAUGGCGACGCCCAACCCCAGGCUUGUUCUCAAGGGGCGUCCCCGGCACACUCCCUCGGGUCACCCCAUCCGGCUUCUGGGCUUCUCUCAGUUUGGUGCUUUCCUGGGCCUCCAUUGGAUCGGGUGAGGUAAAGCAGGGAACGUCCUCACCUUCUCCCCAAGCAACCGCACCUCCUUGGAGACCCCUUCUUCCCUCCUCCCCACCCCCCAAUUCUGGGUAACACAAGCCACCAGCCUGGGACAGAUCAGAGAAGCGUAAGCUUCCCAGCUCCACCCCUCUCUGUAGCAUACAGGCUUUGGAGAGUCUCUAUAUGUAUAUAUAUAUAUAUAUAUUUUUAUAUCAGUGGGGUGAAGAGAAAUAAUCGGUCUCCAUCCUGGGCCCGAUUUAAAGGCAGGUUCUGCUCUUCCUUGCUUCACGGAGAGGGGAGGACUAAAGAA